AUGCUCCUAGAACACAUUAAGCCCGAGACGGGCCAAAUGCUGUCGACGACAUGGGCUCAACGCCGCCGCGAUCCCCGCCGCCAGGACCGCCUCUUUAGUGGCCUGGCAUGCGUCAUGCUCUCGCUGGCCCGUCUCCCGCAACCGCACAUUGGCUCUUUCCGGUUCAACGCGACCGACGGGACAGUCGCGCUCACUAACCGACCGCUAACAUGUUCCACCAUCAUCUUCAAGAAUAGUAGCACGCCGAGGAAUAUCCAACCUCGGCAGCUUUACCAGAGCACCGAUACCUUCGCUUCGGACAUGCUUACCAUGUAUGACAACUCCCUGCUCCACUACCGCCAUGCCGUUCGGAAUCACAAGGACGUCCGAGAGCGCAUGACCAUCCGGACGCUGCUCCGGGCGGCCAUGCACCACUUUAUCCCCCCAGACCGCCGCAACGGCCCGCCCCUCGUCCAGCUCACCGAUAUCCACCAGAGCAACAUUUUCGUGGACGACGACUGGAACGUCACGUGUAUGCUCGAUCUCGAGUGGAUCUGUGCGCUUCCGGCGGAAAUGCUGGCAGUGCCUUACUGGCUGACGGGCUGCACUAUCGACGACAUCGUCGGCAGCGAGUACGAGUCCUUCGACUAG